GAGGAUAUUACCAAUGCUGAGUCUCAGGAAGAGAAGAAGAGAAACGGCUGUCUGUCUGAGCCUGAGGAUGGUUACAAUACCGUGAAGAGUGUUCUUACUGUACAGGAGUACUUUGCUAAGCGCAUGGCAAAACUGAAGGCAUCCCAGAAUGGAACAGAAACUAAGGUAGAUGAUUCCUGCCCAACAGCUGAAAAAGCUGUGGAGCCUUCAGAAGAACUGAAAACCAAAGUAAAAAAGAAAAAAAAGAAGCAGAAGAGAGACGAGGUAGAGAGUAUAGAGCUUUGCGAGCAACCAAAAGUGAAACAACCUAAGAUAGGUAGCUUGAAUGGAAAGGAACUGGAUACUCCAUUAAAUGAAUGUCACUCAGGGAAAAAGAAAAGGAAGCAUAAAGAGCAGCACGAAGGGGAAAGCAUUAGUUGUGAUGAAAAUAUGGGCAGUGGGGAAAUUUAUACAGGAGUACCUGAUGGGGAAGAUAUUGGCCUAAAGGACUCUGAGGCAAAGCAAAAGAAACACCGUAAGAAGAAACACAAAGUGCAAAAAGAGGAGACAGAUGAGCAUGUUGAAAGAGGGCAGAGAAAAAAGAAGAAGCACUGCAAGCACAUUUAA